AUGGAUUUAUUUUUGAAUAAACCUGCUGAAGCUCCACAAAGGCAAUACAUUCGUCUUUUCGUAAAUACAGGACAUAAACAAUUCAUUGCUACAGUAGAUCGCACUUAAUAAGUAAUCGAGUAAAUUUAUCAAUUAGAAUCUAGAAGUUUAGAUUGCAAAUUCAUUCGUGUACACUUAAAGAGAAAAUCCAGACAAUGAGGAAAUACAGCAAUUCUAAGUUAAAAAUAUCAAAUAAAAUGGCUAUUUGGUUGUGAUUCCUAAACAAAUGUAAAUUGGACAUGUCCUUGAUGAUUAAACCUUUAUCACUUGCGAAAUCAUUGAACCUAAAAAGAAGUCUUAAGUUAAAAUUGAAUAAACCGACAACUCAAAAAGAAGAAAUAAACAUUAAAAAGAACAAAACAAAUUAGUAGAAAAUUUACCAGACAUUUCCCCACCUAGAACUAUACCUUAAUAGCAAGAUGAAAAAUAAACAAACAAAUAGUCUUAAAAUAAUUAAAAUCAAAAACAAUAGCCAUAGCAAUAAUAAUAAUAAUAACAAUAAUAAUAAUAAUAACAGUAACAACAAUAAUAAUAAUAACCAUAAUAAAAAGAAUAGUUGACAAAAAAACAAUAAAAAUAAUAAAAUAAGAAUAAAAUAGAAGAAGAAAAAUCUAAGCAACAACAAGCUUAAAUUACAUAAGAAUAAAUAUAAAAUGAAAACACAAAGGAAAAUAAAGAUACAAAAAAUAAAGAUCAUUAAGCCAACAAUGAUUAGAAAAAUUAAAUUUAAGAGGAAGUUUAAUAGCAUCAACCAGCCAACUUGAAGGAUCAUCAAGAAUAAACUGAGGCACAAGGAAAAAAAGAGACAAAAGAAACAACAAAUCAAAACAGAGAAAAAAGCAAAGAAUAAAAAGAGAAUCCUUAAACUUCAGAAAUCUAAAUAGGACAAUAAUAAAAAGACGGAUCAAAAAAAGAAAAAUAAUAACACUAAGCCUAACCUUAAGCAAAUUAAAAACCAUAAGAGAAUUAAUAAACAAAAACAUCACACACAAACUAACAAAAAUAGGAUCUAGAAGAAGAGAAUAAUUUUGGAAUAAAAAAGCUACCAAAAAUUAUUUAAUCUAAUGAGGAUCAGAUAAAUAAUACUUAAUAAUAGAAUGUAGAUAAAGUCAAAUAAGAUAAAUAAACCUAGAAUGCUUAAUAAUAAAAGCAAAAUGAAAAUGAUAAAUAGAAGUAAACUAAAUAAAAUAAAUAAUAACAUCAAUAACAAUAACAUUAACAAAAUCAAAAAUAAUAGUAAUAGUAAUAAGCAGCAUAAUAAAAAUAAAAUUAAUAGACAAAGAAAGUCAAUAAAGUUAUAAAAACAGGAUAUGAUUCAGAUGAAAAUUCUGAUGAUCAAUAGUUAGUAAAGGUCAAGGUUGUAUAAAAUUAGAGACAAGUUAAGAAAAAUGAUAAGAAAUAAAGUAUAGACUUUGAUAAUAAUUUAUUUGAAAACUGUUGA